UGACUUACUUCUGCUACCCUGCCAUAGUCUAGCACGACCGAAUCAUAUAGACACAUACCCACUCAGAAGCAUAGAAGGUCAUCAUGUCCAAUCAGCAACAGCAACAACAAGCCACCACCACCCUCCCGGCCUCGAGCAUGAGCCGAUCAAACCCUUCCUGUGGAAACCUGCCUACCAACGCUCUCGUCCUCCCCGCUACCGCACAACUCCAAGCUCUGUUGACCAUCAUCCGGGAUGUAAAGACUCAGCGUGGAGAAUUCGUCUUCACGUCGGACAGGAUCAUCCGAUUGCUUGUCGAAGAAGGUCUGAACCACCUGCCCGUCGUAUCGCACACGGUCACCACACCAUUGGGAAUCGAGUACCAAGGAGUCAGCUUCCAGGGCAAGAUCUGUGGGGUGUCGAUCAUGCGUGCAGGAGAGGCUAUGGAAGCGGGUUUGCGGGAAUGUGCACGAUCAGUACGGAUAGGUAAAAUUCUCAUUCAACGGGACGAAGCCACGGCCAAGCCCAAGCUCUUUUACGCCAAGUUACCGGAGGAUAUCGAUACCCGAUACUGUCUCCUCCUCGAUCCUAUGCUCGCUACCGGCGGGUCGGCCAUGCAAGCUAUCGACGUCCUAUUGAGUCACGGGGUACAGGAAGAGAAAAUCUUGUUCUUGAACCUGAUCUCGUCCCCAGAGGGAUUGAAGAACGUCUGUGAAAAGUACCCCAAGCUCAAGAUCAUCACCGCCUGGGUAGACGAAGGUCUGGAUAAAGAUUCGUUCAUCGUCCCUGGACUCGGAGAUUUCGGUGACCGAUACUUCCUCUGAGUGGGAGUACGGAAUCGGAACUAGAAUCGCUGUGCGAAUGACAUCGACAUGACCGAAGAUGAUUGGUAUCGUUGAACGAAAAAAUACGAAAAGUGAUGAAAAGUGAAAGGGAAAGUAGAUCGGGCCGGACCGUACGGGGACCGAAAUCUUGAGAGAAACGACGACUCUGCACGCGAUGACUUCAUCGUCGAUUUGUACCGUCGAAAUAUCAUCAGCUAGAGCCACAAGGUGUCCCGAAGUCGUUCCGCCGAGAG